AUGACCAAUAGCAGUGUGAGAGGAGACUUCAUCCUGGAGGGCUUCUCUGACCAGCCCCUGCUGGAAAAGAUACUCUUCUGGGUUGUUUUGAUAUCUUAUCUCCUUACCCUUGUAGGAAAUACAGUAAUCAUUUUGAUCUCCUCCAUAGACCCUAAACUCAAAACUCCCAUGUACUUUUUCCUUACUCACCUCUCCCUAGUUGAUAUCUGUUUUACCACCAGUAUUGUCCCCCAGCUGCUGUGGAACCUAAAAGGACCAGCCAAGACCAUCACAUCCCUGGGUUGUGCUGUCCAGCUCUAUGUCUCCCUGGCAUUGGGCUCUACUGAGUGUGUUCUCCUGGCGGUAAUGGCUUUUGAUCGUUAUGCUGCAGUUUGCAAACCCCUCCACUAUGCAGCCGUGAUGAACCCACAGCUGUGCCAGGCUCUGGCGGGAGUCGCAUGGCUCAGUGGAGCUGGAAACACUCUUAUCCAGGGCACCAUCACUCUCUGGCUGCCUCGCUGUGGACACCAGUGGCUCCGUCAUUUCUUCUGUGAGGUGCCCUCUAUGAUUAAGCUUGCAUGUGUGGACACUCGUGCCAAUGUGGUCCAGCUCUUCGUUGCUUCAUUGGUCUUGCUCCUCUUGCCCCUAGCACUGAUAUUAACAUCCUAUGGACAUAUAGCCCAGGCAGUCAUAAAGAUCAAGUCAGCCCAGGCCUGUCGCAAAGCCCUAGGGACAUGUGGAUCCCAUCUAAUUGUAGUGUCCCUCUUCUAUGGGACCAUCACAGCUGUCUACAUCCAUCCCAACAGUUCUUAUGCCCACACUCACGGGAAAUUCAUCUCCCUCUUCUAUACAGUUGUAACCCCGACCCUUAAUCCCCUCAUCUACACACUGAAAAAUAAAGAUGUGAAAAGAGCAGUGGGAAGACUAUUUCACAGAGACCUAGGCAUAUAA